AGGCAGCUCCAGUUUUCUGAUUGGUUCACACUGGGAAGGUGGAGUGCAGACCACGUCGCAAAACACUCUCGCGAGAAAUAAUGUGGCUUCUCGAUUAUUGUUUACACUGUUAAAAAGAACCGAACCCGACCGAUCCAGAUUUUAAACAGAAGGAGAACCAGCAAAAGGAACAGCUGCAUUGGCUACGGAGCCUCGGCACGAGCGCCAGCCGCUCGCCACACUUCAGGACGCCGCCCGGGCGAUCGGCGAGGCUGCUGACUGGGGGCUUUGCGAAGUUGCUUCUCCGAAAAAUAAGAAACGUCAAACGUGCUGUUCAGCUAAGGUGCCCUGCAAUGAAGUUACUCCACAGGCGGCCUGCUGUUUGAAAAGCCAGGGCGGGACUGCUGGCCUCCAGAAGACGCUGUCGCGGAAGCAACCCGGGCCUGUUGUGCACGCACGGGGGUGGGGGAAACGGUAGCGCGGAUUCAGGAAACACCGAGGAUCUGCAGGCCGCCAGGCGUGAACCACCCCACCCCCCGUCUGCCACCCUUUGGGCGCUUCGUCGUGGGAGUGUUGGGUGGGGACAGACUAGGAGCAUCAUCGCUACCACCCGGAGAGUCGCCUUGACACUGGGGACCGGCUGAUUUGAAACCCGCGCAGAAAUGAUGGAAGAGUUGCAUAGUCUGGAUCCUCGGAGGCAAGAACUUCUGGAGGCCCGGUUCACUGGCGUGGGGGUCUCUAAGGGCCCACUUAAUGAGUCUUCCAAUCAGAGCUUGUGUAGCGUGGGGUCUCUGAGUGAUAAGGAAAUUGAGACUCCUGAAAAAAAGCAAAAUGAGCAACGCAAUAGAAAGCGAAAAGUGGAGCCAUAUGACAGUAGUCAAGGGAAAGGAUCGGCGAGAGGACAUAAAAUUAGUGAUUAUUUUGAGUUUGCUGGUGGCAGUGGCCCUGGAACGAGUCCUGGCAGAAGUGUCCCCCCAGUGGCACGAUCCUCUCCACAACAUUCCUUAUCCAACCCACCUCCUUCAAUACAACAAGGAAGCCCCUCGUCCAGUGGCUCGGCAAACACUGACCAUUCCUGCAGCUCACAGAAGCCCUUCUUGCUGUCUCACAAAAGCACACAGUCGGAUCUCACAAUAGAAAAACUCGCUGCCUUGGAAAACAACAAGAAUUCUGACCUGGAAAAGAAGGAAGGCAGGAUAGAUGACUUGUUGCGGGCAAACUGUGACCUCAGAAGGCAGAUUGAUGAGCAGCAGAAAAUGCUGGAGAAGCAUAAAGAACGGUUAAACAAAUGCGUCACGAUGAGUAAAAAGCUGCUAAUUGAAAAGUCCAAACAAGAGAAGAUGGCCUGUCGAGACAAAAGUAUGCAAGAUCGGCUGCGUUUGGGGCAUUUUACUACAGUCAGGCAUGGGGCAUCCUUUACUGAGCAGUGGACGGAUGGCUACGCCUUUCAGAACUUGAUCAAACAGCAGGAACGAAUUAAUUCUCAGAGAGAGGAGAUUGAAAGGCAAAGAAAGAUGUUAGCCAAACGGAAACCUCCAGCGAUGGGUCAAACUCCUCCACCAAAUCUUGAACAGAAGCAGAGGAAAAACAAGGCGAAUGGAGCUGAAAAUGAAACGUUGACUCUUGCUGAGUACCAUGAGCAGGAAGAGAUCUUCAAGUUACGACUCGGUCAUCUGAAGAAGGAGGAGGCAGAGAUUCAAGCGGAGCUGGAACGGUUAGAGAGAGUUCGAAAUCUACACAUCCGUGAGCUGAAGAGAAUACACAAUGAGGACAACUCACAGUUUAAAGACCACCCUACGCUUAAUGACAGAUAUCUUUUAUUACAUUUGCUGGGAAGAGGAGGUUUCAGUGAAGUCUACAAGGCCUUUGAUCUAACAGAACAGAGAUACGUAGCUGUAAAGAUUCAUCAGUUAAAUAAAAACUGGAGGGAUGAGAAGAAAGAAAACUACCACAAGCAUGCCUGCAGAGAAUACAGGAUUCACAAAGAGCUAGAUCACCCCAGAAUCGUGAAACUCUACGACUACUUCUCUCUCGACACAGAUUCGUUUUGUACGGUUUUGGAGUACUGUGAGGGCAAUGACCUUGAUUUCUACCUGAAGCAACAUAAGCUGAUGUCUGAGAAGGAAGCUCGCUCCAUUAUCAUGCAGAUUGUAAAUGCACUGAAGUAUCUCAACGAGAUCAAGCCACCCAUCAUACAUUAUGACCUAAAGCCAGGUAACAUCCUUCUGGUAAAUGGGACUGCAUGUGGAGAAAUCAAAAUUACAGAUUUUGGUUUGUCUAAAAUUAUGGACGAUGACAGCUAUAACUCAGUGGAAGGAAUGGAGUUGACGUCGCAAGGUGCUGGUACAUACUGGUACCUUCCACCUGAAUGUUUUGUAGUAGGAAAAGAGCCUCCAAAAAUCUCCAACAAAGUAGACGUGUGGUCAGUGGGCGUCAUCUUCUAUCAGUGUCUGUAUGGAAGGAAGCCAUUCGGCCAUAACCAGUCCCAACAGGACAUCCUUCAGGAGAACACCAUCCUAAAAGCCACAGAAGUCCAGUUUCCGACCAAGCCAGCUGUUUCUCCAGAAGCUAAGGCUUUCAUCCGACGCUGUCUGGCAUACAGAAAGGAGGAUCGAAUCGAUGUCCACCAGCUGGCCAGCGACCCCUACCUGAUGCCUCACAUUCGAAAGUCGGUGUCCACCACCGGUGCUCCAGGAACUGCCAUCCCCUCCACGUCAGGAUCCUCAAACAGCAGCGCCUCGAACUGAGUUACGGAUCUUGGACACUCGCUUUGAACACCAUGCUCUAAGGAGGGACGACGCAGCUCAGAGAGAGGAGGGCCAAACAAAGGGAGAGAAACCCAGGAAGGGCAGCCACUUGGGUGUUGAUGCCAUCGGCUUUUCUGUCCUUUGAAGAGUGGAACAAGAAGAAGGGAGCGCAGGCAAACCAUGUGUCCGAGGUCUUGAGACAAACGACAGCUCUGAGCGGCUGGUGGUGGCGACCAUGCGGAGGGAGGCCCUUAGACCGCCGCAGGCCUUGGCGCCCAUGCUGCGAGGGCCCCUUCCUUUCUUAACGUAAUCCUUGCUCCAGUUAAGACCUUUUCCACAGAAAUGUAAGCACAAGAGUCGGGCGUGGGGUAAAUAUGCAUUAGAGCUACUAGCCUUCCAGGACGUCUGGCUACCAUUUGGUAGGGUUAGAAUUAGACGGGUUUUUUUGUUUGUUUUCAUUAACAUUUUUAAGAGAUGAGGGAUGAUUACAGGCUACAGUUUGUUGGUUUGCCUUUAUAAAUUGUGUUUUAAUAGAAACCAAACUGGAAUCGGCCCUUUUUUGUGAAAAGGGCCUUCACUGUUUGUACUGCAUAUGCCCCAAAGUGCCCCUGCCUCCCGUGGCUUUUACUUUUUCCCCUCUUUAGAACCUUUUCAAUUUGGGCGUAUUUUGACUUGGGGAAGAGAGGGAGGAGGGCAGUCUACAUGACAAAUGCAUUUAAACCAUUAAAUAUGAAUUAUUGAA